AUGGAGAUUGCCACAACAACCCCACUGUCUGAACUGAACAGCAUCACUGAAAGUGAGAAUAUUUUUGGUCUCAAUUCUGAAGUCAAUAUUUGGAAUGAUUCCUGUCCAGUCCUCACCAUACCAGCAGAAUUUGUCCACAAGUACCUCUACUCCUCUGUUGACGUAGUCCUGACUACUAUUCUGAUGCCGAUUGCGAUCUGCCUGGGCUGUCUUCUUAACGGCAGUUUCUUGUACGUUGUGGCCAGCAUUCAGUCAAUGCAAACUACUACCAACUUCUACUUAGUUAAUUUGGCUGUGUGUGACGGGCUGUAUCUUCUGUCUGCGUCCUACGAGAUACGAGCUUACAUCGUGUCGGGCACCGUGUCAUGCAACACGGUACAAGAUGGCCACAUCUCGUGCGUGAUGUUACUGUUGCAGUUCAUCUUCUACAUAGCCUCCUUGGCAUUCAUCACGCUGGUCACGAUGGAGCGAUUCUUUGCCAUCUGCUAUCCGAUAAAGAGCCUGGCUCUCAACCGCCGCAGACGUAUCUUCAAGCUAGCAGUGGGUGCCUGGCUGAUCUCCCUGGUCGUUGGGUUUCUGUACAUAAUGCCGAUCUUGUACGUGGAGAAGAUCUGCGUCAACUGGCCUGACGAGGAACGUUUCGCUGACUUACCGAAGGUAGUAGGAUGGUGUACUGGGUCUCUCAUUCCGAAGCGUUUCACCAUCUUUCCGAUCAUCAUACGUGGUUGUAAAGCGCUUACUUUCGGCAUACCAUUCAUCCUGUGUACCAUCAUGUGCAUCAAGAUCGUCGCGGCGCUUGGUAAGAGGCCCCUCCCAAAGAAUCAAGCGGAGCGGGCUCGUCUCCAUGUCACCAGAAUGCUGCUCGUCAACAAUACGGUGUUCUUCAUCUGCAACAUCCCGAGCACCGUCUUGCACAUCGUCUUGUAA